CUGAGCAGGAUUUCCUGUUCUCAGGCACUUCAUACCAUGCUUAUCAUAAUUAAGAGAAUAUAAAUCCUUUUUACAAGCAACACCAAAAGAGACUCUGCAUCUAUCAUCCACCUCAGGCAUUACCGGCGUCCUUGCUUAUCUCUUGCUUGACAAUGCUUCUGCUUCAGCCAUUGAUAGGUAUCUUGCUGAUCAGCCUUGCUGAUGGCGACUCCUGCCCCAUUUUAUUGAGUCCUCUUGAUGCGGUGGUUGAAUAUGGAGAUUCAUUUUCAGUGAACUGCUCCUCCCUCAACACCACACAUCAGUCUUUCUUGAGAUGGGGGACAUUUAUUAACUCAACAGAGAAUCUUCGAGCGAUCACAAAUACGUUUAAAGUAAACGACUGGGAGAUGAAUAUAACUUGUUACAUGUACUCUAAUGAAACAGAGUGUUCACAGAAUCUUCCACUUACUAUUUACAAGACUCCAGACAGUGUGUCUAUCAGCAUUGUGAAUCACAGUAGACCAGUGAUGGAGGGAGAGCAGUAUGAGCUCCAGUGUGAUGUUCUCGAUGUGGCUCCUGUUCAGGAUCUCAUUGUCAAUUGGUACAAAGGACAAACUCUGCUGGAUCGAACCACCUUCAGUAACGUCAGUAAGACUCCAGUGAAUGAAACCGCCAAACUCCUGAUCACUGCAGGCAGAGCUGAUGAUGGAGCUCAGUACCGGUGUGAAGCAGAGCUGAAUUUGGGAGAAGUAAAUUCUACAGCAUCUUCACAACGUCUCAGUGUUGAAGUGCUCUAUGGUCAAUGUCCUGUUAAAAUCAGCCCUCGAAGUGUUGUUGUGGAGUACGGCAGUUCUGUUGCAGUUAACUGUACCGCUUUAAUCCCACAUCAUGGGAUGGGAUGGGAAGCCAGUGAGGGAGGAGUGGACAAGACCACAGACAGUGUGAUCACAUGGACAGUGUCAGAUCUGAAAGAAUGGGACAUAAAGCCAUUCUGCUACAUAAUCUAUGACAAAACCCAUGAUAAACCAUGUGGAAAGCUCCCAGUAACCGUUUACAAGACUCCAGACAGUGUGUCCAUCAGCAUUGUGAAUCACAGCAGACCAAUGAUGGAGGGAGAGCAGUAUGAGCUCCAGUGUGAUGUUCAAGAUGUGGCUCCUGUUCAGAAUCUCACUGUCAAAUGGUACAAAGGACAAACUCUGCUGAAUCAAACCACUUUCACUGACACCAGCAUAACUCCAGUGAAUGAAACCACCACACUCCUGAUCACUGCAGACAGAGCUGAUGAUGGAGCUCAAUACCGGUGUGAAGCAGAGCUGGAUCUGGGAGAAGUAAAUUCUACAGCAUCUUCACAACGUCUCAGUGUUGAAGUGCUCUAUAAACCAAAACACUCCAGUUCAAAAGAGACCAUCAUUAAAAUAGCUGAAGUCACGCUAGACUGUACAGUGAAGGCAAACCCGGCUCCUACGUACACAUGGCACUCAGAGCAUCUGAAAGAAGAGAUCAGCUCCUCAGUGCUCCCGUCCUCCAAACUCAGUCCAGGGAACUACACGUGCACUGCCACAAACUCUCAGGGAAGAGACAGCAAAGUGUUCAUCGUCAAACCUAUAGAUGGUCAAUGUCCUGUUAAAAUCAGCCCUCGAAGUGUGGUUGUGGAGUACGGCGGUUCUGUUGCAGUUAACUGUACUGCUUUAAUCAUGCAUCAUGGGAUGGGAUGGGAAGCCAGUGAGGGAGGAGUGGACAAGACAACUAACCAGAGUCUGAUCACAUGGACAGUGUCAGAUCUGAGAGAAUGGGACAUAAAGCCAUUCUGCUACAUAAACUAUAACAAAACCCAUGAAAAACCGUGUCAAGAAGAGCUCCCAGUAACUGUUUACAAGACUCCAGACAGUGUGUCCAUCAGCAUUGUGAAUCACAGAGGACCAAUGAUGGAGGGAGAGCAGUAUGAGCUCCAGUGUGAUGUUCAAGAUGUGGCUCCUGUUCAGAAUCUCACUGUCAAAUGGUACAAAGGACAAACUCUGCUAAGUCAAACCACUUUCACUGACACCAGCAUAACUCCAGUGAAUGAAGUCGCCAAACUCCUGAUCACUGCAGACAGAGCUGAUGAUGGAGCUCAAUACCGGUGUGAAGCAGAGCUGAAUCUGGGAGAAGAAGGACCUCAACCUCCUCCAAAAAAAACAUCAGAACUUCUCAACAUUACUGUAUAUUAUGCUCCAGAAAUUCAGUCUUGUAAUGUCUGGUCACCACUGAGAGGGACCUCAUUGGAUUCACAUCCAUCAGAUUUAUAUUCUGUUAAGGGUAACCCUCAUCCAAGCAUCUCCUGGAGUCUCAAUUCAUCACAAGUUAGCUCCUCUGUGAAUCUUACCGAAAACAAUUCUGGCCGAUAUGAAAUCACUGCCAGUAAUGUCCGUGGUGUACAUAGUUGUUUCAUAAACAUUACAGUACAGUAUCCUCCAAAACUGAAAUGCAAUGAGACCUAUGAAGUAAAAGCGGAAACACUUUUCCAACAUUCUUGCGUAGAUGAUGGACUACCAAAGCCUGAACUCUCCCUCUGCAAAAAUGGAACAAAGAUGCCGCAUGAGUUUUAUCCCAAGUGGAAUGAUAGUGGCUUGUAUCAAUUAAUCGCACAUAACAAGCAUGGAACUAUUCAUUCUAAUUUCACCAUCAACAUCCUACAUGCCCCAGUGUUUUAUGCCAGCCAAGAGAAUUUUAAUGUGGGAAAAGACAGCGAUAUAACGCUAGAGUGCAGCUCCUCUGGUAACCCAGAACCUGAGAUGUGGUUGAGCUUCAAAAACAAAAACAUCUCCACUGGGAGGCGCCACAUCACUCAUAACAUUAAGAGAGCCACGUCUACCGAUGCUGGAGUUUAUACAUGCAGUGCCACGAAUGAAUUUGGACAUGAAGACAAGAGGUUCACAGUAGAGAUAAAAGAUGACUCUUCCUACUACAUUGCAAUUAUUGCAGUGAUAAUUAUAUUACUGGUUAUUUUAUUCAUCGUUGUAGUGAUCAUUGUGUGGAAAAAGAAAAAAUCAACAGGACAUUAUAAAAUACAGUCAGGGAAUGCGUGUGAAAUGCGUCCGUUAAGCAAUGGAGCCUCUUCGUGAGUUUUAUCAUGUUUUAAACAGCUGAAGUAUGCUUACAUUGGAAAAAAGACUGUAUAUUGAAUUCUUUGUUUAUUGGUGGUAUAGUAUGUAAAAAGCAAAUAUUGUACAGCAUGCACCUGUCUGUAUUAAAAGUUAGCUUGCCUGUUUUGAAAUUUUAUAAUAAUGAUGCAAUAAAUUAGGAAAAAUUUGCUCGACAGAGUUUUUGAAAUAAAAUAUUUUAAAACUAAAUUAUAAAAGAUUAUCCACCUUUUCCUUCCCAUUUGUACAUUUUAUGGGUUUGGCUUCUGGUCUCAUCCACCUUUAGCUAUUUUUUAGCUGUACAAAACAGCUUGUUUUGCUGCUUGAUAUUGCAAAUUAGUGUGAAUUACCUUGUUAUUUUAAUGUAUUAUCUUAAUCAUGAACACAUUGGUUUGUAGUGCAAACAGUUUUGCCAUUUACUGCACAUUGUUAUUCUUCUCGUUAUUUCCCUAUCCACCUUUUACUUCCCGUAAGAACAAAUUUACCACUGGUAAAUUUUAUGGGUCAGGCUUCCGGUCUCAUCCCUGUCCAGCUAUCUUUAGCUGUACAAAACAGCUUGUUUUGCUGUUUAAUAUCGCAAAUUGGUGUGACUUACCAUGUAACUGUAAGCUAUUACCUUAAUUAUAAACACACUUGUUUGUAGUGCAAAAAGUUUUACCGUUUAUUGCACGUUCUUCUCGUUAUUUCCCUAUCGCGGAUAAUGAACCGAAAGUCUCACCCAUAGGCUUACUUGUGUGUUGAAGAAAAAGGUGAAAACAGUUUCUUUUUUGGAGCCUUUUAAUAAGAUCUUUUUAUUUCACUCUUUAUUUUAAGUCCCACAGCAAAAAAACAAAAAAACAAAACAAAACAAAACAGAAAAUUAAUUGUGUAUACAUAUAUAUAUACCCAAGUCAAACGUUAUGUAUUUUAGCUGUUCUUGAGUGGUUUAAUGAAUCCAGGUUAUCUCCCUGACCGUUGUAUGAUAUCCUAUGUAUAAAAUCCUCCCAGUGUUUUCUGAUUAACAAAAUGAAUGUUAAUAAAUGAACAAAAUGUUUCAGGACCUAUGUUUUUAGAUGCGUUGUUAAUGAUUGUUGCCGCCUGGCGUUAAUAAUUUAAUAAAGGUCAU